AUGGCCGCCACCAUCCGUCCUAUCACCGGCAUGCUCCGCCGCACUCUGGUCCUUGACCUGAGCACCGCCUUCGGCUUCGGCACCACCUUCGGCUACCUCUGGUGGUACGGCUACCACCUUCCCCGCGUCCGCGCCCGUGACAACUACUACACCCGCCUGGAGGCUGAGCGCGCCGCCCAGCAGGCCUAG